AAUUGUUGCCUCAAAAAUAGCGCAACUAACGGCGUCGUUUUAGCCGGAUAUGAACACUCCGGGCAUGAGUCUGUUCCAGGGGGCGGACACCCUGAACGUGAACUCGUCACUGGAUCGCCAGGAGGAGGAGGAAGCGCUGCAGGAUCAAAAGAGACGCGAGCAGGAGAUUGGGAAUCUGCUGGUGAACGCCUUCGACGAUCUGGAAGAUGAUGAGAACACAAUUGACUCCACGACGACAUACCACUCGGAGCAGCCAGCGGCUGUCCUGCCCAAUUACCCAACGCAUCCGGCCCAGAUACCGCUGCAGGAGGAUCCGCAGCAAGCAAAAGAGAUGCACCGCCUCAAAAUGAUGCUGGAAUCCAAGAACCACGAACUGCAGAACGUUAACCAGAUAGUUAACGCUGCGCACAAGCAACUGAAUGAGUUGCAGAAGCGACUCUCAAUUGCGGAGGCCGAGCUUGACCGGGCGAUGCGGGAGAAGCGCAACACCCACGAGCUGCUGGUGGAGACCAAGGAGAGUUGCUCAAACAAGGAUAGCGAUCUGGAGAAGAUGCGGUUGGAGAGGAAGCAGUUGGAAGAAGAGAAUACGCGGCUAGUGGGACAGUUGGAGAUCACUAAAACCCUGCUGUCCGACGUCCAGUGCAAGUACGACAUGGUGCAGAAGGACAAGCACAAGCGGGAGGAGCGCAGCGCCGAAUUGCGGGUUAAGCACAUCGAGGACUCCCAUCGGGCCCAGUGCGAUCUCUUCCAGCAGCAACUCAAUCAGGUCAAGGAUCAGCUAGAUCGCAAGCAGAACGAACUAGAGCAGAUGACCUCGCGCUACAAUGCUUUGCAGUCAGGCCAUGAAACUAUGCUGCUGGACAAGGCCGCCAAGAUUAACGAGCUGAGUCAAGCUUUGGAUGUGGCACAAUUGCGCUGCAACCAAAUAAACAGCCGUCCCGAUCUGGAGGCGGAAAACCACCGCCAGCAGCAGUGCAUAAGUGACUUGAAAGCACGCAUUGCCUCCCUAGAACAAACCGUCGCUCUGCUUAACGACCGUCUCAACGAAACCACGGCGGAGUUGGACCUAAUGGACUCACUUAUUCAACAGCAUCAGGUGGAUGAAUCGCCCACUGGCAGGCUAAGCCAAGUGGGUGGCUCCCGCCUUGUGGGCAGCACACCCCUGAAUGCUCUGGAUAGGGUUAGCCACAUCAAGCAGGAACUGUAUCGGGCGCUGGCCAAUCUGAAGAACAAGCGGGAGGAGGUGCGGCGUCUGGAGAAACACCUGGAGGAGCGCAAUCAGGAACUGCGCUUGCUACGCGACCAGGAGAACCAAUCCCUAGUUCAACUAGCAACGCUUAAGGAGGAGAAAUCGCGUCUGGAGAACAAAGUGAAAGCCAUGCAGCAAGAGCUCGAAGAGCAGCAGCACAAAUCCCAACAGGAAUCAGGACUGCAGGAGCAAUUGGAUACCAUAAUAACUGAGAGGGAUGCACUGAAGAAAAAAAGCCAACGCAUCGAGGAUCAACUCAAGAAUGUAAAGAAUGAUCUGGACCAACUCAGACAGCAGCACGACAGCCUCCAGCGAGACUACGAACAGCUCACACAGGAUAAUCGCCAGUUGCGCACCCGAGCAACUGCGGACAACUUGCGUUUGGAGCUGGAACGUCACAAGAUACUCCUAAAGGAUUCACAGAGCGAGGUGGAGCGACUUAAGAAACUAUAUGCUGACAUUGCCACAGAUAAGGAGUCGUUGGAUUACGAAUUAAGAAAGCUUAGGGAAUCAGAUACGCUCAAGGAGUUGCAGGAACAACGCCAACAAUUGGCCACUGCCCAGAGAAAUUUGCAGUUGGCUGAGCUGAAGUCCCAGGAGCUGGAAAAGCUUUUGGAAUCGGAAAAACUCGGUCACGAGCGGGAUUUACAGAGCCUUCGCCAGAAGAACGAACGGGAGAAACGAGAGGGGGCCAAAGAAAGCUCCGCUAACUGCAGCAAGUGCAUCGAGAAUCUGGCAGAGAUUACCAAGUCGGAAAUUCAGCUUUUGAAGCUCCAAAACGUGAACUCAAUGCAGGUCAAGGAGCUCAAAGAAUUGGAACAUGAACUAGAGCAUUCCAAGAUUUUGCAGGCCGAAAUGCAGGAAAAGAUCGAGCUGUCCAGCAAGCAGGACGAGCUCAUUAACGACCUCAAAGAGAAGGCCAAGCAAUUUGAGGAGUACAUUAGGCAGCAGGAGGAGAAUCAAAAGCAACAGCAGCAGAAGAACGCGCCCAGUCCAAAAUCUAUUUCAGAUUCCUCGCCGCGCGCAUCACCUAAGGAGCUAACCCAGGAGCGUAUUAAGGUAAUCGAACAGCGCGUUCGCGACGAGAUGGCCAAACUUUUUGCGGCCGAGCUCAAGAAGUUCACCUCCCGCCUGCAGCAGACUGAAGAGCGUAGCCAGUGCCUCCAAAGGGAAUACCAAGCGGUGUGUGCGGAGCUGCAGCAACGGCAAACCGAGGUGGACCUGCUUAAGCAAACCAUCCUGGCCGAACGCGAGAACAUCGAAGAGAUUUUGGCUGACAAGGACGAAAAACAGAAGGCAAUGCUGCAGAAGUGCCGUCAGGAGCUGCAAGCAAAGAACCAGCGAAUUGCCGAACUUCUCCGCGAAGUGGAGGAACAGCACGCUAGCAUUGAUUCGGAGAGACAAUCCAUGAAGGCUGUUAUGGCCCAGUGGGAGAAACAGCGGCAGUCUAUUGACCAGGUGGAGCAGCACUGGCGCCAGCAGCUGGACUCAUUGCGCACCACCCACGAGGAGGCGAUGCGAUCUGCCCAGCAGCGCUAUCAAAGUGCAAAGCGCACCGCCCACAAUUACAAGUUGUAUGCCGAGGACAAGGAAGCUCAUAUGAAACGAGAGUAUGAACGCAUAAAACAUGAGUAUGACUUGUCCUUGGCCAAGAUCGAAGCGACCAUGAACCAGCACCUGGAGCGGCGAAGUCGCGAAAGGCACCGCGACAAGGAAAACGUGCCCAGCAAUAGCAGCAGCAACCCAACGAUCAGCUCCAAUAACAAACCCAAAUGUAAUGGGCACAGCAAAAGCUAGGGAAGAGAGGUUUAGUUGUCUCGUUAGUAAAUUGUCGUUAUCGCAUGCACUGCCAAAUUGUUUAUCGAAAUAUAAGUUGCUAUACAUUCCUAUA